UUUCCACGCGCCACGGACUACCUUUGCUCUCUCUCUCUCUCUCUCUCUCUCUCUCUGUGGGUUGAUGCUGAAACGCCAGUGAGCUUUUUGAGCAAAGAAAUGGUGGAAAGCUCGGCAUCUUCGAUUACAGUCGAAGGCCAGCUUGAGAGGUACAACUUCUUCUGGGUUCCCAACCAUUUUCUUCCUUCAACUCUUUAGGCGCUCAAAACUUUAGGGUGUAAUGGCAAAGGGGAUUGAUGGAGGAGAAAAUGGGUUUUGCAAUACGUGCAUACAGUGUUAUAGCAUGUUAUCGGUUUGGAUUGAGCUUUUGAUGUCGAAGUCUAUCUAUGGUUGUCUAUGAAGAUGGGGUCUGAGGAAACUAGGAUUUUUGAAGGUGGGGCUAAUGGUGUACAAUGUGGUAGCCGAGAUGGUGAUGUUGGUGUUAAAACUUUACAGGGUGAGAAUAAUGAGUAUGGGGAAACUAUACUUUGCUGCGAGAUUGAUGAUUCUGAAGAAAGUGAAUCUGUAUUCGAGGCUGCAAGUAUGGUAUUUAGUAUGAGGAAUAGUAAAUUCGGGUAUAGAAAUGCUAGAACUGCGAGCAGUCCAAUGAAAAGGGUCACUAGAGAAACAAAAAUGGAUAACAUCAUGACUUAUGAUUUUAAAGAAACUGCAAAUUCAAUCAAAAGGGUCAGUAGAGAACCAAAAAUUGAGAAAACUAUAACUGAUGAUUUUGAAGAAACUGCAAAGAAACCAUUGGGAUGUGGAUAUGAGGUGGGAGAUAUGGUGUGGGGAAAGGUGAAACCGUAUCCUUGGUGGCCAGGUCAGAUAUUUGAUGAAGCAUUUGCGGUGCCUUCGGUUGGCAAAACAAAGAAAGAGGGGCAUGUACUGGUAGCGUUCUUUGGGGAUAGUAGCUAUGGUUGGUUGAAACCAAAAAAUAUUAUCCCAUUUGAUCCUCACUAUGCUGAGAAAUCAACCAAAACAAAUGACCAGGCCUUUUUGAGUGCUGUUGAGGAUGCGGAAAAUGAGGCCUGUAAGAGGGCUGCACUAGGAUUGGCGUGCCGGUGUCGCAACCCUUCUAAUUUCCGGCCUAUGGAUGUUCCUGGGUUUUAUGUAGUUUAUGUGGGAGGAUAUGAGCCUUGUGGGGUGUAUUCAGCGAAGCAAAUUAGAAGGGCUAGAGAUGGGUUUCAUCCACCUGAGAUGCUUUCUUUUGUACAGCAAUUGGCUUUAAUGCCAUAUAGUAGGUUGCAAGGAAAUGUUAAUCGGAUAAAAAGUGCUGCUAAAGUACUUGCCUUUCGGAUGUCUGUCUUUGAGGAGUUUGAUGAGACCUAUUCACACGCAUCUGGGAUUGAACUAGUAUGCCCUGCAAGUUCAAAGAAGGUUGCGAAUCAGCCAGAAAAAGAGUUGUCUCAAGAAACCUUGAGCAGUUCUCUCCAAAUUCCUGAAGCUCGUUGCAAGAAGUCUGCAACUCCUACAAAAAAUCAACAUAUGAGAGAAGACAAACGGAUUGAUCAUCCCAACAUUUUAAAAGCCGAUCCCUUUGGUCAAGAGCAACAAAGUGUCUUAAGUCCUUCAAUGUAUGAGGAGGGGGCAACCUUUUCAGAUAGAGAGUAUGCCUUGGAAAGAAAAGAUCCACCUUUUUCCAUAAAUACCAAGUUCACAGGCCAAGAACGUGAAAUUUACACGCACAGACUGAGUUCUGGCAAAAAAAUUGUGGCUAUGGACAAGCAAGCAGUGUGCGAACAAGUUAGUUCAAUUAAUGCUAUGGUCUAUAGAGAACCAAAUAGAACAGAACUAAUUAACAGAUCUCAAGGUUUCCAACAACCUCUGUCAAGUUUGCUGAAAACAGUCGGAAAUCACAAUAAGCUGGAGAACAUGUAUAUGGCUGGAAGAAUUACCUCUCAGUUGACCACCCCACACCCCAGAAAAGUUUUUCCUUUUACUAGCAGUCGAAGUAUGAAUGAGAACCCAAAGGCACUUAAACGUUCUGAAGAGGAUUUGAGUUCUGAGAAAGCUGUCAUGGUAGAUGUAAAGAAGAAAAAGGAAACCGAAUCUAGUUUGGAUGUUGGCAGGGAGUAUACAUAUAAACACCUUAAACCUGCAAAUAUCCAACCAUUGGCAAGACAAUCAGUUGGAAAAUCCAGCCAAACUAUUUUAGUUCAUAGAGAGAGUUCACUGAUGGAGCAACAGAGGAAAGAAGACGGAGCCUACCAUUCCAUUUCCUCUGGUUCUGUGGCUAGACAGCAAAUCGAUACAAGAAAUGUUGAAAAUGGACUUCUUCAAUUAAUUUCUGAGCUAUUAGCUCUUGCUCUAGAUCCUUUCCAUGGUACGGAACAGAAUAUACCAGAAAUUGUUUUUCAGUUCUUCACGAAAUUUAGAUCCAUUGUCUAUCAGAAAAAAAUGGUGGCGUCUCCUUCUGAAUCAAUUGAAAAUCGACCCACCAAACCGUUUGCAUUUACUGUGGCUGCUGAGAGCCUUCCUGUUGGAAUUGCUUGCGACCUGCCUUUUUCUUCUAAACCACCAAAGAAACGGCUCAAAUCCGAUCAUAAUGAAAAGGCUGGGCAUGAUGACCACAUCCUUGAUUGCGAAGAAGAGAUGUCCACAAAAAGCCUAAAGCACCUAAAUGACUGGAAGUCACUGACUGCAAAAAAGAAGGCUAGCAACCUGAAACCUCUGAAAUCUCAAGAAAGAGAUUGCCAGGAAAUGGGUGAGAUAGUUCCAAAAAAGCAUAUAGAAAACUUGCUAAAGAAGGUAGUCAUUGCCGAAAGCGUUUCUGAACCUACAAUGCUAGUGAUGAAUUUUCCUCGUCAAUCAGCACUUCCCUCAGUUUCAGAGCUGAAAGCAAAAUUUGCACGCUUUGGACCCCUUCAUCAGUCUGCCACUCUUGUGUCUUGGAAAUCCUCACAAUGCCAGAUUGUGUUCAAAUGCAUAUCUGAUGCUGAGGCAGCAUAUGUGUAUGCCGCCCAAAGCAGUUAUCUGUUUGGCAAUGUUAAGGUAUAUUACCAAUUGCAAACCCUAGGAACUCCAGCCCCUGAAUUAGGCAAGCAGCUUGUGGAAGAGGCCCAGGAUAAGCUUCCGCAAUCAACAUCGUUGAGCAGCUCUAAUUCUGCAGAAACAGAGCUCCAGCCAAAGUCAUGUCUGAAGAAGCCACCAGGUGAUGAGGUGAGGUCCACCACAGCUAUUCCUAGUAAAACCCCACAUGUAAAAUUUAUGUUGGUUGGGGAUGAAAGUAGCAUAGGAGAGCAGUUGGUAAUUGGAAGCAACAUCAAAAACUUAAAUGAUAAUCAUCCAGGUGGCGGUUCAUCAUCUUCCUUUGCAACUGUCAAUGUUAAUGUCGGGAACUUCCAAAGGACUAGAAACUUCCAAAGGGUCAGAAACUUCCAAAAGGUCGCACCUUCUUCACCCCCUCUCAUUCGUCUCCCUAACCAGCUUCCAGACGCUCUUCACGGCUAUGAAGUCGACCGCUUCGUUGAAGCUUGUAAUUUGAGAUAUUGUCAAGCUGGGGUCAGAAACAACUGCAUCUAUACUUCCACCCCUAGCCACAACGUAGACAUCUCCAAUCAAAUGUUAAGCCUUCUGAGUAGGUGCAGUGAAAUCGUAGACGAGCUCAAGUACUCGUUCGGAUAUAUGCCUUUUUGUCUCUGAUCAACUGAACCAUUGCAGUCAUAACAUCCCUGGUUUUGUUAUACACCACAAACACUGAAGUAAAAGCCUGCUGAGCCUUGGAUUUUCAUGUAGAAAGACUUAGUCCGAUGCUCGAGUAAGAAGUUAGUGUUAGGAAUGUACACUUCUAACUUUAGACAGCAUGAUAUGCUCUAAUUUUUGCUGCCUUUAUGAUCGACUACAGUAAUCCAACUUGGUUUCUUACU